AUGUUCCUCUGCCUGUCUUCGACGCAAGCCGAGUACGAGGCGACCAAUUUGCUGGCGGCGCCCGGGGGGGACUUCGGCAGGAUGCGGGCGGGCAUUAAGGCCGACACCCUGCUCUUCCUGUUCAACGUCGACACCUUCAUGGUGAUGGGCCCCUUCGUUGCCGUCGGGAGCCCGGGGCUCGCCAUAGACCCCGAAGCGUUCGGAGGCGAACUGCAGGCGCAGGUGCGGGCGCGGCCCCUGCAGUCGCCCGUCAUGGAGCGCAAGCUCAGCUCCCGGCACGCCACGGGCCCGAUGACCGCGCCGGAGGCGAGGCUGCUGCUGGCGAAGCUGCGCGGCGGCACGGCCGCCGAGGCCGUGGUGCAGCAGGCCUGGGGCCAGCCCGAGGACCACGGCGCUGCCGCCGCGCCGCCAGAGCCCGAGCCGAAGCGGCGCCGGGUGGCGGCCGCUUCCGCCGAGGCCGUGGCCGAGGAGGGAGCCAGUGGUCCCGUGGUGGUCGUCCUGGAGGGCGAGGAGCAGGAGGCCGAGGACGGGGCCGCGGCCGAGGAGUGGGGCGGGGAGGAGGCGGAGGCCGAGGCCGAGGCGGCGCCGGGUGCCGAGGAGCCGGGCGAGGAGGGCGAGGCGCCCGCCGCGGAGGCGGACGAACAGCUGCAGGCAGAGGAGGCGGAGCUGGAGGCCGGCGUCGAGGGUGCCGAGGGUGCCGAGGGCGAGGAGGAGCCCGAGAUCGAGGAGGACCCCGACGAGUUCGCCGCAGUUGCGGAGGCGUGGCGAUCGACGCGGGGGCCGCGGUCCAUGCACUUCCAGGAGCUCCCUGGUUGCGGAGUUCUGGCCGCCGCCGCUGUGGACUUCUGGCCGCUGCUCGUGGGCAUGUGGCUGUUCGGCGCGCUCGACUGGGAAAUGGGCCAGAUGCAGAAGUGCAUCGUGGCUGGCACGGAGCUGUUCCUGCACAACUCGGAGACGCAGGCCCUCCUCGGGCCCUUCGCCGCUGCCGGCGUGCCCGCCAAGGCCAUCGUGAAGGGCGCCUUCGGCGGCCGCCUGAGCUCGCAGGUGCGGGUUGUGCAGGGCAGCGCCCCGCCCCGUGAGGCGAAGGUGGAGGGCAAGCUGCGGGCGGGGCCGCAGAUGCCCGCGGCCGUGGAGCGGUUCCGGGCGCAGCUCGGCAGCGGGGCGCCCCUCGCGUCCUGGAGCUCCGCCGCCAGCGGAGCCGCCGGCAGCGGCGCCGCCGCUGGGUCGGCAGCGGUGCCGCCGCGGGCGGCGGCGGCGGCUGCGCGGACCACGGCCGCGCGGCCUCCGUCCGACGCGCGCGCCGCGGGGGCCGCGGCGGCCCCUGGCUCUGCCGCCGCGGCGCGGGCGAAGGCAGGGCGCGCCCCGGCUGCUGAGCUGGCCGCGCUUCCCGCCGCGUCGGGCAGCCCAGCGUGCUCUGCGUACCUCUUCGUCUGCAGCGCGGCGACCCACAGCGAGUGCCUGUCGCUCAAGCUCCUGGGCGCCCCCGACUGGGACCUCGGGCAGAUGCAGAGGUCCAUCUCUCCGGGCAUGGAGCUCUUCCUCUUCAACCUGGAGAGCAUGGUGCUCAUGGGCCCCUUCGUGGCAGCCUGCGCGCCCGCCCCGGGCCUGCUCCCCAGCGCCUUCGGGGGGAAGUUCCGGUCGCAGGUGAAGAUCGCGCAGGCCGGCGCCCCGCCCCGCGAGGUGCGGCUGGAGGCGAAGCAGCGCAGCGGGCCGCUGCCCGCCGAGAGGGCCGAGGCCCUGCGGGCGGCGCUGCGCAGCGGGGGCCGGGCCAUCGCGGCCUGGCGCAUCGGCGAGGCUUCGCUGGAGUGA